GUGAAUACAGCAACCCCACCACCUUUUUAGCAAGGGCUGAGGAGAAGCUCAGAUGCAGCAAACCAGACCACGCUGAAGCCCCUGGAGUGGCUGAGACGGGAGGAUGUCAGCUGCCAAGUGGCUGAGGAGACUGUAAGUGCGCAACAGUCUCAGUGGCACAGCUUCCUUUGCUCCAGGCUAACCAUGGCCUUCUCUCUCUGGCUGGACGGUUGACAUACCCUCGUGCCCUCCUGUGUACACAUUGCUGGACUGGACGCCAUCCUGCAGGGGCUGGUAGCAGGGCAGGUGAGCAUCAGAUGCUACCACAAGCCAGACGGGGCAGAGCAAUGGACUCCAAGCAGCUAAGAUGGAAGUGACCUGAGGCCUCGCGCAGGCAGUUUCCUCUUGAAAGGACAGCUGAAGUGUUGAAGCACAGGCUUGUCUGGGGAGCAGUAUGCCGGAAGCUGGUUUUCAGGCCACAAAUGCUUUCACAGAGUGCAAAUUCACCUGCACCAGCGGUAAAUGCUUGUAUCUUGGUUCACUGGUCUGUAACCAACAGAAUGACUGUGGGGACAACAGUGAUGAAGAAAACUGUCUCCUGGUGACUGAACAUCCACCUCCAGGCAUCUUCAACUCGGAACUGGAGUUUGCCCAGAUCAUCAUCAUCGUCGUGGUGGUCACGGUGAUGGUCGUAGUCAUUGUCUGCCUGCUGAAUCACUACAAAGUCUCUACUAGGUCCUUCAUCAACCGUCCGAACCAGAGCAGGAGGCAGGAAGACGGGCUACAGCCGGAAGGACGCCUGUGGCCAUCAGACAAUUCUGGACCUGGACCAGGUGCUUCAGAGAUCAUGUAUGCCCCUCGUUCGCGGGACAGAUUCACUGCCCCAUCCUUUAUCCAGAGGGAUCGUUUCAGCCGCUUCCAGCCCACCUACCCUUAUGUGCAGCAUGAAAUUGACCUGCCCCCCACCAUCUCGCUGUCCGAUGGGGAGGAGCCGCCGCCAUACCAGGGGCCCUGCACCCUGCAACUCCGGGACCCUGAGCAGCAGAUGGAACUCAACCGAGAAUCUGUCAGGGCCCCGCCCAACAGGACCAUAUUUGAUAGCGAUUUGAUCGACAUUUCUGUGUACCACGGGGGCCCAUGCCCGCCCAGCAGCAAUUCGGGCAUCAGUGCCAGCACUUGUAGCAGUAACGGGAGGAUGGAAGGGCCACCCCCCACGUACAGCGAGGUGAUGGGUCACUACCCAGGCUCCUCUUUUUUCCAUCACCAGCACAGCCACGCCCCCCGCGGCAGCCGACUGCCCUUCCAGCCUGAUGGGUCCGGGAGCACCAUGGUGACCAUCCAGGGCAAGGACCGAAAGCCUGGGAACCUCGUCUAGAGCUGAGAGGAGACUCUACCACCCGUGGCCCCUCUGCUCCGGGCACUGUGUGGCUCAGUUUUACGCGCUGCACCGAGUAAAACCAAAUGUGCAAAUGUGGUCUUUGUUUCUGAUUCCUUCCAGGGGAACUGCAUGCAGUCUCGAGUGAAAUCCUACAAAUUCAAUCUGGUCUGACCGCUAACAGUGUUUCUUUGGGAGCAGGCCUUGGGAUGGGGUGGGGGGGAGAGGGAUGAUUUUUGGUAAGGGGUGGGUGUGGGUACAACAGAGAAAGGGAUGCUUUAAGAUAUCAUGAAACAAAACCCACAGAGGUAUUUGAUUUAUUUAACUAUGAAAGGAAACUUUGCAGAGAAAGCAGCCAAAAUGGCCAUUUUUAUAAUUAACUGAAUAAAGAAGGAAGCAUUAUUAUAUAUUAUCAUAGGGAAGAAUUGGCCAGUUUGCUUUUUCUCCCAAGGUGUGGAACUUUUAUUUUGUUUUAAAAAUAUGAUUCAAAAUUCCUGUUUUGUGUGCCAAGGUAUCAAGUGGAGAAGUUAGAUGAAUGCAAGGAGUUACUUUGUGUUGUGAUGAUGUGUUUUCAAAGUUGCACUAUCUAAAUGUUUAAAAUAUGUAUGAGGGAACUGUUUUAUGUGAAGUUCUGUAUGUUGUUUUUUUCACCUGUGGAUUAUUAUUAGGCCCAAGGAAUACGCUGGAGUAUUCCCCAUAUGCACACAAGUAAAGAUGCGUAGGGAUGUAGCAUCGCAUAUGCCAACUUAACAUAAAUCAAGAAAGGCACUUUGGUUGCAAGAAUUUGUAGCAAAUAGCAGUGCCUCACUGAAGCAUCUGAGACUUCAGGAGUGGAAGAUAGGAAAUCUUAAACUCCAGCAUUUUGAUUUAUUAAGUUAUUCUGCUAGCCUUGGGUUGCAUAUUUUAUUAACAUGUAUUUCUGUCUCCAGCAUCAUGCAGCACUGUCCUCAGCCUCCACAGUGCAGCUUCUUGAGUGACUUAGUGUUUUUUUUUAAUUUUCACUGUAGCAUGAAGCAUACUCAGAUAUACACAUUAUUUUAUGCAAUAAAUUGUUUGAAAUGCAA